GUCCGUGCCUCGUCCUCCACCGCCGCACCGCCACCCCCCAUGUGACCCCUCUCCACCCAUGUGACCCGCUCUGAAUGCCCACUCCCUCUCCUCACACAUCACACCCCCACGCUCCCCCACACACUGCCACACACUGCACACUCGCCUCCCACUAGCGAAGCUCCUGUCGCCGCCGCGUCGUUCCACGAUGAUCUCUCGCGGCCACGCCGCCGCGGCGUGGGCGCUGCUGCUGCUGCUGCUCGGGGCGGCGGUGGCACAGCACGAGGGCAACGUGUCGGAGGAGUACGCGGCGUCGUUCGCGUCGCGGUACGACGCGCCGCCGUCGUGGGCGUUCCCCAACCCGCGCCUCCGCGCCGCGUACGCCGCGCUCCAGGCGUGGAAGCAGACGGCCAUCUUCUCCGACCCCUCCAACUUCACCGCCAGCUGGGUCGGCGCCAACGUCUGCGCCUACAACGGCGUCUACUGCGCGCCGUCGCCCGGCUACGGCGGCGGCGGAGGUGGAGGUCUCGUCGUCGCCGGCAUUGACCUCAACCACGCCGACAUCGCCGGGUACCUGCCGGCGUCGCUCCCGCUGGGGCUCCCCGACCUCGCCCUCAUCCACCUCAACUCCAACCGCUUCUGCGGCGUCGUGCCCGACACGUUCCGCCGCCUCCGCUUGCUCCACGAGCUCGACCUCAGCAACAACCGCUUCGUCGGCGCGUUCCCGGAGGUGGUGCUCGCGCUCCCCUCGCUCCGCUACCUCGACCUCAGGUUCAACGACUUCGAGGGCUCCAUCCCGCCCGCGCUGUUCGACCGCCCGCUCGACGCCAUCUUCCUCAACUCCAACCGCCUCCGCAACCCCAUCCCGGCCAACCUCGGCAACUCGCCGGCGAGCGUCGUCGUGCUCGCGCACAACAACCUCGGGGGAUGCAUCCCGCCGUCCAUCGGCAAGAUGGCGGACACGCUCAACGAGAUCGUGCUCAUCGCCGACGAGCUCACCGGCUGCGUCCCCACGCAGGUGGGGCUGCUCAGGAAGGUGACGGUGUUCGACGUCAGCGACAACCACCUGCAGGGCCCGAUCCCGGCGAGCGUUGCCGGGAUGGCCGCCGUCGAGCAGCUCGACGUCGCCAGGAACCUCUUCGAGGGGGCCGUGCCGGCCGGCGUCUGCGGCCUCGCCAGCCUCAAGAACUUCACCUACACGGACAACUUCAUCACCUCGCGCCCGGGCUGCGGCGUGGCCACCGCCGACGGCGUGUGGAACUGCAUCCCCGGCGCGCCGGGGCAGCGGCCGCCGUCGCAGUGCGCCGCCGCUGCGGCGCACCCGUUCGACUGCAGCAAGGCGCAAUGCCAGGCCGCGUCCUACACCCCGACGCCCGGUGGUAGCCCUGGACGUGGUGGCCAAGGGCCACCGGCGCCGGUGAGCUCGCCGCCACGGCGCAGAGGUCCGUACCCGCAGCCGCCAUCGAGCUCUCCUACCCCGUCAUACCCCUCGCCGUCGUCGUCCUACCCGGCGCCACCGGGGUCGAACACCCCGUCCUACCCGUCGCCGCCAUCCAGCGCCACCACACCGUCGUCCCACUCGCCGCCGGGGGGCUCGAGCUCGACCACACCGUCCUACCCGUCGCCCAAUGGUGGCAAGCCCAGUACACCGUCGCACCCCUCGCCGCCGGGAUCCACCACUCCGUCCUACCCCUCGCCGCCGUCGAGCUCCACGACCCCGUCCUACCACUCGCCGCCGCAGGGCCACACCACCCCAUCACACCCGUCACCGCCGUCGAGCUCCACCGCUCCGCCGUCCCACUCGCCGCCGCAGAGCACGCCUACUCAUCCGUCCUACCCUUCGCCGCCGGUGACAUACACGCCUCCUCCGCCGACCUCGGCCGACAGACCAGACGUGCGGUUCGCGCCGCCGCCUGGCUCGUACGGCCCCAUCCCCUCGACCCCUCCGUCCUCCGGCUCGCCGCCGUCGCCUUCCUCCGGCUACCAGCCGCCGUCGGGCCAGCCCGGCGCGUCGCCGCCGACGCAGCACGUGCCGGGAGCGGGGACCCCGACCACCACGCCACCAUCGCACUCGCAUCCAUCCACCCCGCCAUCGCCAUCGGGGCCAAGCUUCCACCCGCCGCCGACGCCGCACAACUGCUCGCCGCCGUCUCACGGUAGCAGCACCGGCGGCGGCCACGGUGGUGGACACCCGCCGUCGACGUCAACGCCGCCCGGCGGGAAGCUCCCGUUCCCGCCGGUGUACGGCGUGUCGUACGCGUCGCCGCCGCCGCCGGUGAAGCCGUACAACUAGUCGCCGCCGGCGGAUCGAGCGGCGCCCGCCAGUAUAAUACCUCGAUCUCCCUGUAGUAAUUUUGCUUCUUGAUUUUUAUUUUUUUUUUUGCUUUCUUUCUUCUUUUUUUUCUUUUCAUUUCUUCUUCCUCGCGAGUAUUGGAUGAAAAAUUGGAUUAAAAGAGCUCCGCUAUGUAUUCUUUCUUCCUUCUUUCUUUGAUUCCUUCCUCGUUCUCAAAUCUGAAUCAAAUCAUCGGAUUUAUUAAUUAAUUAAUUUCGGUGUAAUUUUGAGCUUAAUUA